CGCACACACACACGAAACGCAGGUGUGUGAGAGCAGAGGGAGAAUGCCGUCAUAAUGCUCUGCCAGAUUGCUCACAGCCACCGUACCUGACACAGGGGAAGAAAGGCAGAAUAAGCGAAAGAGCGAUCAUAAACCUGAGCGAACAUGGCGGAGACGGCUGAGGCAGCAUCUGCGGUGAUGACCACCAACCGAAACUGCAGCAUCGAGAUCACCAACCUCAGCAGCAACUUCUGCCUCGUUAACCCCAAGGUCUUCAUGGAGAGCGGCUUCAGCUUCAACCCUCCGCAGCCCACGGUGCGCACCACCAAGACGGAGGUGUGCAGCUUCACCAAGGACGACAACACGGCCACGGGCGCGGUGGGCGUGCUCACCUACGAGCUCUUCCACAUGCACAGCCGCCACUGCAACGAGCUGGUGGCCGUCAUGUUCUCGGUGCCGUUCGACACGCGCUUCUACAAGAACUGGCUGGGCGUGGGCCUGUUCGAGCACACGCGCGCCACCGACGAGGCCCUCUACAAGCACAUGUACUACGAGAAGGACUUCACCAACUUCCAGCGGCACGAGGCCAAAGGCCAGGGCGUCACCUACCACGGCCGGGCCCUCGACGUCAUGGCGACCAUGUCCGACAACGGCAAGGCCAUCCUCAAGGUGGAGGUCUACGACAAGAUGGCCUGAGACAAGAUGGCCGCCUCACCCCUUAAAGAGAGUGAUAACUGUAAAAAAAAUAACUGUACUGUAAUUAAAAAGCACAUCAACUGUACUGAACUGUAAUAAAAUGGUUAAUACAAUGGCUAAUAAACAUCUAU